UGCGACGUGAAAUCUCACCCUCGUGACAAAACCGGUCAAACACUCCCCUAGUCUGUAGACGAAUACGCGUAAUUAUGAGUGACCUGUUCAGGUCAGCCCUGGGGUAUCUGAGUGGUAGUCCGGCAGAAAGGGGCAAUGAAUUUGUGGGUCAGUUGGUGGAAUUAGGCGAUAUGAAGCUGCGGGUGAGGCGAGUGAUAGCGGAAGGUGGUUUUGCUUUUGUAUUUGUAGCCCAAGAUGUCGCUACAUCAAAGGAAUACGCACUGAAGAGGCUUCUGGCAAACGAUGAGGAGAAAUCACAAGGCAUUAUCCGUGAGAUCACAAUACUUAAAAAACUCUCUCCCCAUGCCAACAUAAUUCAUUUCUAUCAAGCUGCAUCCAUCGGUAAAGAGGAUUCGGAUCACGGCCAAUCAGAAUUUUUAAUACUAACUGAAUUAUGUAGUGGUGGAUUGGUAGAUGCCUUAAAUCGGAAACAGAAUCCAUUGAGUUGUGAACAGGUGUUAACAAUCUUUUAUCAGACGUGUAAAGCUGUACAGCAUAUGCACCGUCAGAGGCCGCCAGUCAUACAUAGAGAUUUAAAGUUGGAAAAUCUAUUGAUAAGUGAUAAAGGAAGUAUCAAAUUAUGUGAUUUUGGUAGCGCUACGACUAAAACCUACUAUCCCGAUGAGACGUGGAGUUCUAUUAAAAGAAGUCUUGUUGAAGAUGAGAUUGCCAGUCAGACUACUCCAAUGUACAGAACUCCAGAGAUGUUAGAUUUAUAUUUCAAUUACCCCAUUAAUGAGAAAUCGGAUAUUUGGGCCUUAGGGUGUGUACUCUAUAUGUUGUGUUAUAAACAACAUCCGUUUGAAGAUUCCGCAAAGCUUCGUAUAAUCAACGGCAAUUAUAGCAUUCCAGACGAUCCCAUGUAUACAGUGUUCCAUGAAUUAAUGCGUUCCACAUUUCAAAUUGAUCCUCGCGAGCGGCCCUCGGUGAGUGACAUCAUCUCUCGGCUACAGGAGAUAGCGGCUGCACGGAACAUGAAUCUAAAAGUGUUUACGAAACUUAAAGACAGCGAAAGCAGUGACAAUGAAAACAUUACUAGCAGUCCAAGAAGGCAACCCCCACCGCCAAGACCAGAACAGCCUGCUCGGCACUCACAGACGAGGAGCGAGACGAAUUUAGAUUAUCCUGCGGCAGGAGGAAGUGGUCUCUUUGGAAUAAUGAAAGAUGGUGCAGGAUCGUUUUUUAGAAAUAUUAAAGACAUGUCAAAUAAAGUUUCGGAAACUGUUUCUAAUAUGGCCCGUACUGAUCUUGAUCUUCACUACAUCACCUCGAGAAUCAUUGUGAUGUCGUACCCGGCGGAGGGCAUUGAGGCCGCUUACAAAAACAACAUUGACGAAGUACGCAUGUUUCUUGACUCCAGACACAAUCAGCAUUAUUAUGUAUUUAAUUGUUGUCAGAGAAACUAUAGAACACUUCGACUCAACAAUAAGGUAUCAGAAUACAGUUGGCCCGCCAAAAAGGCACCUGAUCUGAGAACACUUUACCUGGCAUGUCGUAAUAUGUACUUGUGGCUUCAGAAGGAUCCAAAGAAUGUUUCAGUCGUACACUGUUUGGAUGGCAAGGCAUCUUCAGCAACGUUGAUCGCUUCCUUUUUUGGUUUUUGUCGGCUGUUUAAAUCUAUAGAACCAAGUCUAUACAUGUUUAAUGUUAGGAGAGGUCCUCCGGGUGUAACACCUUCACAGAAAAGAUACAUGGAAUAUAUUCACUCUAUGUUAUCUCCAGAAAAUCCUGUCAUACCUCAUAGCAAACCCAUAAUGCUGAAAAGAAUCAUACUACAACCUGUACCAAUAUUUAAUAGAAACAGGAAUGGUUGUCGGCCAUUUUGUGAAGUAUUCCAUGGGGAGGAUAGGAUAUUGUCUACAUCACAGGAAUAUGACAAAAUGAGGGGGUUUUCAGUUGAAAAUACCAAGGCCUAUGUAGAUCUAGAUGUAUCUGUCAGUGGCGACAUAAUGAUAGCUGUGUACCAUGCGAGGUCUACAUUUGGUGGCAAAAUGCAAGGCAAGGUUACUGCCAUUAAAAUGUUCCAGUUUCAAUUCCACACAGGUUUUAUAGAAUCUGGACAAACAAAAAUUACCUUCAACAAAUACGACUUGGAUGCCACUGAGCAACCAGAUAAGUAUCCGGAGCUAUUCCAGGUUAUUGUGGAGCUGUGUGUCAGCGGCAAAGACAGGCCGCAAGAUCAAACUCCUCCGUGGAAGAACUUUGAAACUAAACGACUGAAUCCAAAACUGUGCUUCUCAGAUGCUGAAGAACAAGACAAGGUUAACAGGGAAUUUGACCAUGCUGAUAAACCAUUACGAAGUUCAAAUACUCUUGAUCAGUCUAGUGCUGUCGGUCAAUCCAGUGAUCCGGAAGAUGAUCGCAGUGCCAUACAGAAUGAUACGGUAUCGCCAUCGAUGCCAGACGAGACAAACGAUAAACAUCCACCUGAUUUCAUGUCUAGUUUGAAUUGGCAAGAUGCAGAAAAACAGAACGAGGAUGUAUUAAAAUCUACGAGGCUCAGUAGCGAUGACUUUGAUGACGCGUUUGCCGCCCUCACUACUGAACGUGCCAAAGUUGCUGCACCUAACAAUGAUGUAUUCCAGAGUGUUCCAGGAUUGGCUGAAACCAAACCGACCCCCGGCGAUGAAAAUAUUAACUUCUUCAAUGCAGAUUUUGGAGAGAGUAACAAUCCAGACUUCUUUGAUGCUAAGUUUUCUCCACAGCAUUCCAGUAAAUCUGCAUCACCACCCAAUGUGGACUUACUCAAUAUGGGCUCAGACCUGCCUGAGUCACUACACAGCAGUCGCGAUAAUUCUAGAACGGCAAGUCGGAGAGGGAGCCAAGAUUUUAAUUUGAUGGAUUCUGGGGGUCCUGAAUUAACUAAUUUUGAUUUGUUGUCCAAUCCCACUUGUCCUAGUCAGCCGACGUCAGCUCCUGGCAGUGCCAGUGGAAGUCGUAGUCAAACUCCUCAAGUCGAGGUGCAGCAGACUAAUUUAUUCAGUGAAUCGUUUGAUCCAUUUAAAAAACCACCGUCACCUCCACCGCCGGAGUCUAAUAGUUUUGAUCCAUUUCAGUCCCAUUCAAAACCAACUGCAUUACCAAGCCAACAACAACCAAAAGAGGCAAGUCCAAGUAUACCAAAAGAAGAAAGCUUUGACCCGUUUGCUGGGACAUCAACAACCCCUUCAAGUUCAACAAGAUCAAAUGAUCCCUUUGUCAAUCUCUUGUCUUCAAAUCAGGCUCCCAAAACAAGUAGUGGGGUGGAUUUGAUGGGUGAUUGGAAUUUUGGUAGUAAAGUAAAUAAAACACAUUUGACGCCUGACAUGCAUCGUACCUCCAGCGCCAAUACAUUGAAUACCAUGGCUGCACAGAAACCUAUGGACAGGACUCCCAGCGAGUCUGUGCUAUAUACUACACCGAGUCAGCUGGAUGAGAAACCAAACAAGCCCUAUGAUCCGUUUGCUGAUCUAGGUAAUUUGAAGAGUGGACUACCUUCCUUUGGUAGUAGUGCAAAGAAACAGCAAGGGUUCGCUACACCGACAUCACGUCAACAACAACAACAACAACAACAACAACAACAACAGCAGCAGCAGCAAUCAAGACCCCAACAGCAAAAAACGCCACAGGGUCGUCCAAACUACAGCCUUGGUGGAUUUAGCAGUAGCACUCCCAGUAGCGGUGGUAGUGUGUUUGGAAAUAAGUCUAAUGGAAAGGGGUGGAAACCAGCUGGAACCCGACCAGGUAGUGAAAACACUGCAUUUGAGGAUUUAUUGAGUCCAACUGGGUUCCAAGCAUCAAGUAAAGCUGAAGCGGAGGCUCACAGGAAAACUAUGAAAGAACUCAGGAGGGAGCAAAUGAGGAAUGACACAGAUCCCAACGUUGUCAAGGUCAGAGAAUGGGUGGAAGGGAAAGGAAACAAUAUCCGUGCAUUACUAUCAUCAUUAGAUUCAGUGCUAUGGGACGAGAAUCAAAGAUGGAAACCAGUAGGCAUGCACCAAUUAAUAGAACCAAACAAUGGUUCAACCAUCGAUAAUCUGAAUAUUAUGAAUAAGUCUGAUGUUACAACUCCUCAAAGUCACACAUCCUGGUACUCUGACCUACAAAGGUCACACGUCAUGGUUAAGAAGUUUUACCGUAAAGCUGCCUUAGCCAUACAUCCAGAUAAACACGCUGGUACGGACAAAGAGGAUUUGGCAAAACUUAUAUUCAUGGAACUCAAUGACGCUUGGACAGAGUUUGAAGAAAGUGGCAUGAAGGCGCUCUAUUAAUAACAAGUCACAC